AUGGCGUUUCGACUGUUAAACAUAAAAUUUGAAGAAGCAGAUGAUGUGAACCUACACCAGUAUUCAAAAUUAAAAUGGAGAUUGAUCACUUCUUGGUUCAACUUACUGACGGCAACAUAUUUGCCUAUAUGUAUAUACUGCGACUGGUGCACGCUGAAACAAAAACAUCAAAGAAAACAUGUAAAACUGUUCAGUGAAGUCAGGACCUUCAUGUUUACUAACCUCAUAUUCCCAGUUACAACUUUCGCUGAUAUCCUUUUCUGGAGGCUCUGGUUCCUUAACAGGGAACUUUUGAUGCCCUUAUCAACAGACAAGGUUAUAGCUGUUUGGGAACAUCACAGCAUGCACACGGCAUCCCUUAUAUUUGUUUUCAUGGAUCUCGUUAUAGUGUUUCGAGAAAGACCGAAGAAUAUUUUACCUGGAGUCGUUGCAUUACUUGGUUUCAUCACAGUUUACACUUGUGUGUGUGUCUUUAGUUUGCUGAACGGAGAAUACGUUUAUCCUUUAUUAAAAUUGUUUAAAGGUCAUAAGCUAUUUAUAAUUACACUGUAUAGCUAUUUAUCACUUCUCUUCUAUCACAGUGGCCAAUGGAUAAUUGUGGACCUAAUUCACAAUCGAAAAUAUAUUACCAAAAAGCUAAUG